AUGGAAGAUAGCAUCAGCCAAGGAAUUACUGCUGCUAACCCAUACUUUUGCAAUAUCUGUCUACGUGGUUUCUCAGAAUCUGCUGAAUUAGAAGCUCAUGCUCGGGAACAUGAAGCUGAGGAGGCAAUGAACAAUUACUCAAACACACCUAAUGUCAACUCACCUAAUGUCAGUCAAGAAAGCAUCAAACUCGCCCUUCCUACUGGUAUCGUAAACCCUUCUCUUGUAAAUGCGAUUGUUGCUUCAAACACAUCUGACCAGAAUAUUGUGACCUCUUGUGUUGACCCGAAUGUUGUGGCUCCUAUUGUCAUUGUCAACAAUGUUGUGAACUCUGAAGUUGUUACUCCAACCAGUCCUUACACCUGCAAUGUCUGCCAGCGCGGUUUCUCUCAGCGGUCCCACUUAGAGACCCACUCACGCAUCCACUCAGGUGAACGUCCAUUUGAGUGCAACCAGUGUGGGGCAGCGUUCUCCCGCCGUGGUAACCUGGUGCGCCACAGGCUGUCACAUGGCGGCGAACGCAAGCACAAAUGUAAUGUGUGUGGACGCAAGUUUUCUCAGAAGUCUCACCUACAGGUUCAUACCAGAGUGCACACUGGCGAGCGUCCUUACAAGUGUGACCGAUGCGGUUAUGCCUUUUCUCGCAAUGGGAAUUUGGUACGACAUAAAAGGGCCAACAAGGGGGGCAAACGGAAAUACAGUUGCAUUGCUCCUUCCCUUCUAGAGCAGCAGGAACAGGAUCUGGGUGUCACACAACCCCAGCAGGUUGCCCUCGUCCCUGUAACGCAGCCUCAGGGAGAAGUCCAGGUCCAGGUUCAACCCCAGCUGAUUGGAAUUGCUGAAGUUCAAGCUGGAGUUGGUGAUAGUGUUGCCAAAACUGCUAACCCAAAAGAAGUAAAUCCCCAAGGAGAACCUGAAACUAACAAAAAUGACCAAACUCCUGUUGUUGCUACUGCAACUAAUAUUGUUCAACUUGGAAGUGUCCCUUAUCAAAUCAUGGCUACUGUGCCUAGUCAACUGGCUACGGUUCAGCCCAUUGCAAGCCUCCAACAAAUGCCCAAUGUCCCUCAUCAGCUGGUCACUGUUCCUCAACAUAUCAGCAUUCAUCACUUGACUGCAUCAACUCUGGGAAUUUCUUUCUCUUUGAUUUUCUUUUUGAAUUUCUCUUUGAUUUUCUUUUUGAAUUUCUCUUUGAAUUUCUUUUUGAAUUUCUCUUUGAAUUUCCUUUUUGAAUUUCUCUUUCUUUUUUUCUGCUCUUUCUUUUUCAUUUUAUUUUUCUUUUUUUUUUUUCACCUCUUCUUUCAUUUUCAUCUUUUUUCUUUUCUCCUUUUUCUUUCUUUUUCUUCUCUUUUUAAAUUUUAUUUUUCAUCUAUUUCUUUCUUUUUCUUUCUUAUUCUUUUUUUCAUUAACUUCAAAUCUGGUGAUUCUUCUCUUCUUUUUCUUUUUUUCCUUUCUCUUUCUUCUUUACAGUGUGUUUGCAACUAUUGUCUUGUUAAAUUACCCAACCACACCUCAUGUUGA